CUAAUGUUUUAACAUAACAAAAACAUAAAGUAUUAAAUAAAUGAUUUACAUAAAUAGUAACAAAAUGUCAGAAGUUAUAAUUUUGAGCGAUUCGAAUGAAUCAGAUUUAUCCAUUGAAUUAAAUGAUGAACUGAAAAAUAUUAACGAAAAGAAGAAACCGAAACCUCUGUUUAAUGAUUCUGAUUCAAAUGAUUUUGAAUUUCCUGAGGUACAAUUCUUUCAUACUGUCAACAGUACAUCAUGCGACAAUAAUAGUAUGAAUUAUUCACAUAAUUUUGAUUCUUGUAUACCAUUAUGUCAAACUAAUAAUAAGUUUUCUACUGAUAAUAAUGCUUGUCAUGUACCUAAUUCAAUGGAUUUUUCAGAAGAAUCAUCAAAAGGUAAAAAUAAUUAUGAGAAAACAAAAAAAAAUAAAACUUUGACAAAAAAAAGUAAGGAUCACAUAAUGGAUCAAGGUUUAAAAAAACAGGAACUAUUGAAAGAAAAAGCACUAAGAGCAGUUGCUUUAAAAAGAUCAAAAAAUCUUAAACCUGGCGAAUGUUUGAAAUUUAUAGAAGUUGUUCUUGAUACAAGUAUUGAGAAUUAUCCUUUUAUUACAGAUAUUGUGAACACAUUACUUGAUGCCAAUGUAAGAUAUAGUAUUAACACAGGAUUAAUUUCAAAUAGUAUUUUAUGGAAAAGAAUUGUUGAAAAUCAUUAUGUUAAUGAAAGCAAUGAAAUAUGUACAGCAACAGAUAUUGAAACAAUUAAUCAAAUUGUAGUAAUUUGGAAUUGGGAUGAAGUAGUAACUAAAGUAAUUGAUGGUAGUUUCUGUGAUUCAAUAGUUAAUAUUAAAACUUCUUUAUCAAAUUACAAAAUCAUAUUAGUAAUAUUUGGUAUAGAUGACUAUUUUACACAUAAAAAACAAGUAAAACAUUCAGGUAAAAAGAAAACAAAAAGAACUAAUGCAUGCAAUACCGAUGAAUUUAAAAAUUUCCAAGAAAUAUCAAGGCAAGAACUUGAAAUGUGCCUUAAUGAAAUACAAAUUGUUGCAAAAUGUAAUAGCAGAUUAAUUAAUACUUCUCAAGAUUUAGCAUUGAUGGUGUAUCAAUGUACAAAAGCUAUAGCAGAAAUACCAUAUAAAUUAGAAAAAAAUAGAAAUUUAAAUAAUAAAUUUGACUGGUACGUGAUGGGAGAUAAUAGAAAUACUGUACGUGUAGAUAAAGAUGGAAAUGGAUUAAGAAGACUGUGGCAACAACAACUUUGUCAAUUUAAUUUAAGCAGUCUAGAAAUUGCAGAAGCAAUUUGUUCUGUAUAUUCAAGUCCUUCAGAUUUAGUAGAAACUUAUAUGAAUUGCACAAAUGAUGAAGGAUUAAAUUUAUUGAAAGACAUUCCAAUCAGAAGAGCAGCUGGACCUCUUACAGCAGUACGAAAGGUAGGCCCAGAGUUAAGUAAAAAAAUAUAUUUAAUGUUUACAUCUGAAGAUGGUGAAAAUAUUUUAAGCUGAAUAUAGUCAUAUUAAUGAGUUCAAUAAACAAAUUAAUAAAAAUGAUAUGAUGAAUAAAUGUUAUUCCGCUAUUUUCUUUUGAUAAUCAGACAGAAAAAUUAUAAUAACAAACUCACAUAUCUUAUAUAGAUUUUUGCUUAUUCCAAUAUUAUCAAAAACCAAGAAAUUAUCUUCUGUAUAUCAUACAAAUAAAUAAUUUUCUGACAUAUUUAUGAAAAUUUUAAUAAAUCUUUAUAUAUUAAAUAUUUAAAAACCUAGCGCAUAAUUUGACCAAAUAAAAAAAAAUAUUAAACAGAAUAUGUUUUACUACUACAUUCAUUUAUGUUGAUAUAAUAAAUUGGUCUAAUUCUGCGCUAGAUAUUCUUGCAUACGUUAUAUAUUAUGAAAUAUAACAGUUUUACUAUACCAAAGGUAUAUACAAUGCAUUUGUUCACAGCAAAUUUGACUAUGAUAGUCGGUUAAUAAAAGUAAUUUUCUAACAUUUUUACAAAUAUUUAUUAAACAUAAAAUAUCUAAAAGUUUAUUAUAAAAGAAAGAGAGAUUUAAAUCGUUUUAUAGUAACUUUUCUGUACUAUCUUACAGUAAAAAAUAUAUAAAUGAUUAAAUGCAGUUUAAACUAAAUUUUUUUGCAAAUAUCCAAUAUAACUUUUUCUAAAGUAUCAUUUUCUGUAUACAGUCUAAGAUUACAUAACUCUCACAUGAAUUUCUUUACAUGCAUUCUUCAUACAUUUGCUUCCCACUAUUUAAUAUUGCAAAUAUAUAGCUUUCCAUAAAAGAGAAAAUGUAACAUAUUUAUGUUUAAUGAGUAGCUAAAUCAAUUGCAAUGAAUAAGUCAUGUUUUUUAGUAAUGUACACUAUGAUCUAAUUGUUAUUACAUGAUUAAAUUUUGGGCAUAUUAAUAAUCGUAUUAAAAUUACAUUGUUGUGUGUUCUCUAAUUAAGAAAAUAUUAUUGAUGGUAUUUUUUGUUAAAUAAAAUAUGUACUUAUAUUAAACUUCAAUGGCAAAAAGAAUUGACUGAUGUAUUUAAAUCAAAAUAAACUUGGCAGUACUGUUUUUGUUAUAACAGUAUUAUAUAAUUUUCUAAUUUUAAUAUAUCUUUGAAAUAAUAUGAAAGUUACAAUUAAAAUUUGGAAGAGAUAAAAUAUUGCGUAUAAUGAAAUGAAAUUUUUCGUUUCAUUUUUGUUACGACUUUUAUGUGAAAUGUAUUGCCGAUAAGAGCUAUUUGUCUCUAUUACCUGUUAACAUGCAUUCUACAAAAGAAAUUACGAUUUUCAAAAUCGAUUUAUUAUUGAUAGUUGCAAAAUCGAUUACAAAAUCGAUUUAUUAUUGAUAGUUGUAUUUAUAUACUAAUAAUAUAUAUCAGUUACAAUCUUAACAAGUUAUGGAAUAUUAAUUAAUAUUAAAUAAUAUUAUGAAAUUUUGUAUUUUUUAAACACAUUCAACUUAAAAAAUGCAUAUUGACAGUAAAGAGAUGAACAGAAUUUUG